GCUGGCCGGCACGGCACGCCCGGCACGUGACCGUGCCGUGCCGCGGGCUGGCCUGGUGGAAAUGGAGGUACGGCCUGUCGCCAUGGCUGGCCCGCCAAGCACGGCCCGGCCUGCUGCCCACCUUUGCCUAGCUCUAACAAAAACCCCAUAAGGGCCAUAACAAAUUAACAAGUCCUCGCACUCCUCGGUCUCAAAUUCUCCCAAGUUUCAAUCCCUGCUCCUAGGAAGUAGUAAUUAGCUAAGUUGAACUCAAAUUUAUGCAGUCUCACUCUCAUCAAUGUUAUUGCAAAUGCCAUUGGUAGAAAAUAGUGAACAAAACAACAAAUCAUUUUCAAGCUUAAUUCACUUCAAAAGAACCCCAAGAGCUAGUUUUGAUUUUACAGUACAAUAAGAAAGCUCUGUGAUGCCGAAUUCAUGGAUUCGUGCAAUUUCUAUUGGAAAAAGGAGACACCCAUUUUUAGGUUUUCUUUACCAAACAAGUUCUCAGGUUUUAAUUCACAGCAGAAGUAUUAGUGUAUUGGUUGAUAACCCAGUUUCAAAUUACCUUUGCAAUGUUGGAAAUGUUCUUAAUUCAUCCCCAACAUCGAUUUUUGGUUCAUUAUUAGGUAAUUGGGUACAUGGAAAAGGUAGAGUAGGAGUAGGAGGUUGUGUUGGAUUAGGACUUAGCUCGCCUUUAAGGUGCCAGUGCAUGAGAAUUGCCGGUUUUUGUAGUUUGCCGGGGUCUAGCACUUCCAUAUCUGAAAAGUCAGAUUUGGACUGUAAUGCAUCCGAGCUUGCUGAGGAGAAUCUUGUUGAAGAAGUGAAAACCAAGAGUUUGAGCAAGAAGCUGGUGGACUUUACCCAGGUUGAUAAGGAAUUGCUUCCUACUGUUAUUAUUGUGGGGCGGCCAAAUGUGGGCAAAUCUGCCCUCUUUAACCGUUUAAUUCAGCGGAGAGAGGCACUUGUAUAUAACACUCCUGCUGAUCAUGUUACUCGUGAUAUACGGGAUGGGAUUGCCAAACUGGGUGAUUUGCGGUUUCAGGUACUUGAUUCAGCUGGCUUAGAAGUGGCGGCAACCUCAGGGUCUAUCCUUGGACGAACUGCAGAUAUGACAGCCAAUGUGUUGUCGGGAUCCCAGUUUGCCAUCUUCUUGAUUGCUGCAAGAGAUGGCUUGCAAUCCAUGGAUUUACAGGUUGGGAAGUGGCUGCGUAAGCAUGCACCUGGAAUUAAAAUUGUUUUGGUGAUGAAUAAAUCUGAAUCUCUAGAUGAGUCAGAUGGGUCACUUGCAGCAGCUGCUGGUGAAGCAUAUAGAUUAGGUUUUGGUGACCCUAUUGCUAUAUCUGCAGAGACUGGAUUGGGCAUGUCAGAACUUUAUGGUGCUCUAAAGCCCUUGCUGGAGGAGCAUAUACUCCAAAUCAUAAAUGAUGAAGCUACUCUGGAAAGUUCUCCUGAGCCUGAAGAAUCUAAGUUACCUCUUCAGCUGGCAAUUGUUGGGCGGCCCAAUGUUGGAAAGUCAACCUUACUGAAUACAUUAUUACAAGAAGAACGUGUUCUGGUGGGGCCGGAAGCUGGUUUGACAAGAGAUUCUAUUCGAGCUCAGUUUCAGUAUGAUCACAGAACAGUAUAUAUGGUUGACACUGCUGGGUGGUUGGAGAGGACAAAAGAGAAAGGCCCUGCUUCAUUGAGCAUUAUGCAGACCAGGAAAAAUCUUAUGAGGGCUCAUGUAAUUGCAUUGGUUCUUGAUGGAGAGGAGGUUGCAAAGACUAAGAGGAGCAUGAAGCAUGCUGAAAUAGUUAUAGCUAGACAGGCAGUGGAAGAAGGACGUGGUUUAAUAAUAAUCGUAAACAAGAUGGAUCUUCUGAAAGGAAAACAGAAGUCUAAGUUAUAUGAAGACUUCAUUAAAGCUGUUCCUGAAGAGAUUCAGAAACUUAUACCACAGGUAACUGGAAUACCAGUUAUAUUUGUUUCUGCUCGGGAGGGAAAGGGUCGUAUAGCAGUCAUGCGCCAGGUUACUGACACAUACGAGAAAUGGUGUCUACGGCUAUCAACAGCCCGGCUUAAUCGUUGGUUGCGAAAGGUUAUGAGCAGGCACUCUUGGAAAGAUCAGGCUGCACAACCAAAGAUCAAGUACUUCACACAGGUGAAGGCUCGACCACCAACAUUUGUUGCCUUUGUGAAGGGGAAAACAGUGCUGUCAGAUACGGAAAUACGGUUUUUGUCAAAAUCUUUGAAAGAAGACUUUGAUAUGGGCGGGAUCCCUAUUCGUAUCUUGCAGCGGUCUCUAAGUAGGCACGACACGACCUCCAAGAGCGCCCCUGCUAAACGUAGCCAAACAGGAAAAGUGGUUGAAAGAGUAUCUUCAGAUAAGCGGAGUGUCAGUUUGAAAUGAGUUUGUAAUAGUAACAUUUUCUUUUAAAGAAUUAUAAUUGUAAUAUAAUUACAAAAUACUGUAUUUCCUUUGCCUAAAUAUAGAUUUAUGGCAACCGUACACCGUACAACCCAACCGAUUGUAAAAUUUGCUCAUUAGACUUAAAGCAAAUUUGUCCUAAGUUAGUUAUGUAAAAAUAUAACUUUGCUCAA